AAAAAAAUAAAAAAAAAAAAUGACAAGAGGUACCCCUUCAUUUGGUAAAAGACAUUAAAAAACACACACAUUAUGCAGAAGAUGUGGCAGAGCAACAUAUCAUAAGCAAAAGCUUAGAUGCGCCUAGUGUGGUUUCCCAGAUGCUAAAACACGCAGAUAUGAUGGAUGGGCAUAAAAGCUAAGGAUAGAGUUGGAUAAGGUACUGGAAGAAUGAGAUAUAUGAAGACUAUUGCAUGAAGAGCUAAAAAUGGAUUCAGAUCUGGAACAACCGCUUAACCAAAAGCAAAAGCUGUAUCAAAAUGAUUAUGAGGUAUAAUGAUAUAAUUUUUUUCUUAUAUUUUAUUAAUAUAAGCAUUUAAAUUUAUUAUUAAAUUAACAAAUAUUAAGAUUAUGUUAUUUAGUGUUUAUUUUUUGUCAUUCUUGUAUUUAAAAAAAUAUUUAAAUUAAAGUAU